AGUCUUAUUUGGUUUAUGAGGGUCAUGUGUGUAGUAAAGAUCCACCAAAAGUGUUUUUUAAUGAUCCGUGUUAGAAUGGGACCUAUUCAUUAAACACGCGGACCGGAGGGAAAGGCACGAAUAGCGCUGUGCGUGUGCACGACAGCAGCUCAUGAAGACGGGCGUGAACGCGCCGAACCAGACGUAGCCGGCUCUUCCCUGGGAGAGAGAGGGAGGGAGAGAGAGAUAAGAGAAACAGAGGGAACACGGAAACGGCAGGAGCGCUUAACAACGAGAACGACGUGUGUUGCUAGCUGACAGAGAUACGGUUCGCUCAGACCCGCUUCCAAAACCAAGAUUUUUGUGCGCAUGGUUUUCUUUUAUUCUAUUUUGUCGCGGUCCUUGGACACGAGGUCUCCGUUGUGGACAAAGGGAAUUCUUUCCCCUGUUAGGAGAACCCAUUGAGGAUUGAGAAUGUCGGGGAGCAGGGAGGAGGAGCGGCGGAAGCUGGCCGACAUCAUUAACCACUGGAACGCCAACCGGCUCGACCUGUUCGAGAUCAGCCAACCUACGGAGGAUCUGGAGUUCCACGGCGUGAUGCGGUUCUACUUCCAGGACCGCGUGGCCGGCAACUUCGCCACAAAAUGCAUCCGUGUCUCCAGCACGGCCACCACGCAGGACGUCAUCGAGACACUGGCUGAGAAGUUCCGACCUGACAUGAGGAUGCUGUCCUCGCCCAAGUACUCUCUGUAUGAGGUCCAUGUUAGCGGCGAGGAACGAAAGCUGGAUCUAGAUGAGAAGCCCCUGGUGGUGCAGCUCAACUGGAACAAGGAUGACCGGGAAGGCCGCUUCGUUCUAAAGAAUGAGAAUGACAUUGUCCCCAAGAGGACGCAGACUAACGGGCCAGAGAAGCAGGAGAAGGAGGGGGUCAUCCAGAACUUCAAACGGACACUGUCCAAGAAGGAGAAGAAGAAGGAGAAGAAGCGGGAGAAAGAGGCCUUUUCUCGUAUUCCUGAUGGGGACGAGAACAUUCCAAGCAGGGAAGAUGGGGAGAACUCCAGGCUGGCGGCUGAGGUCUACAAAGACAUGCCAGAGACAAGCUUCACACGUACGAUAUCCAAUCCUGAAGUGGUGAUGAAGAGGCGGCGACAGCAGAAGCUGGAGAAGAGGAUGCAGGAGUUCCGCAGUAGCGACGGGCGGCCGGAUUCGGGAGGGACCCUUCGCAUCUAUGCAGACAGCCUGAAGCCAAACAUCCCCUACAAGACCAUCUUGCUGUCCACCACGGACAUGGCGGACUUUGCAGUGGCUGAGGCCUUGGAGAAGUAUGGGCUGGAGAAGGAGAAUCCUCGAGAUUACUGCAUCGCUCGGGUGGUGCUGCCUCCUGGAUCUCAGCAGUCCGAUGACAAGGCAGGAAAAGAGACCAUCCUGGAUGAUACAGAGUGCCCCCUGCAGAUCUUCAGAGACUGGCCCAGUGACAAAGGUACCUUAGUGUUCCAGCUGAAGAAGCGACCUCCAGACUACAUCCCGAAGAAAGGUCGGAAACCCGAGGACAAGACUCUGCGGGGGAAGUCCAUGGAAAGUUGCCUGGCCCCCGAGAAGAUGCCCUACCUAGUGGAACUCAGCCCAGGGCGGGGCAGCCACUAUGGCCACUACGCCUAUCGGCACCACGAAGACGGUUCGGACUCCAGGGACAAACCAAAGCUGUACCGGCUUCAGCAAAGCAUCACUGAAGUGGGCACUGAGAAGAUGGAUGAUGGUUCCAUUCAGCUCUUUGGCCCUGGCAUCCUGCCUCACCACUGUGACCUGAUGCUGAGCGAGGGGCUCGUCAUGGUGGCACCAUGCAGCUUUGACGCAGAGACCUUCGUGGAUAGCCAGCGCAUCUCCGAGACAACGGUACUGCGCAGUGGCUCCACGCUGCAGUUCGGUGCCUCGCACGUCUUCAAGUUUGUGGACCCCAGCUAUGACCAUAGCAUGGGCAAGCGUGGUGUGGACCCUGCCUCCAUGGUCAAGGGCAGGCACAUGUCAGGGAGCAUUCCCGAUACAACGUUUGACCCUCGUGGGGACCUCCAUGCCAGCAUGGCCCUCCCAAUGAGCAAGAGCUCAGGGAAGCUGGAGAUGGAGCGCUCUGUCCCGGCCAGCGAGCGAGGGAUGGUGAAGCCCAUGGUGCGGGGGGAGCAGCCUGAUGCCAGGGCCCCGGACAGCCCCAGCCCUGAGCUGACACUGCCGGCGGGCAUCGAGUUCAGGGAGAGCUUCACUGAUGGUGGCAAGCAGGAGUGGGGGCUUCGAGGAGGGAGUGUCUGGUCCAGGAACUGGGCUGUGGGUGGAUAUGGUGAGAAGCCCAACACAAGUCUAUCCCCUGAAUUGUUGCUGCUACUGCUGCUGCUACUACUGCUGCUGCUGCUACUACUGGCUGUGAGAUGGUUUAGGGUUAACACCCCCGCCCCAACCAAACCCAGUCAUUCCUCCCAUACCAACCUUGGUGGCCUUCUCUCUCUGAUGGCCCCCCCUGCUGUCUCGCCGCUCGUACAGAAGCAGAAGAACAUCGCCGGGGCCCUGGCCUUCUGGAUGGCCAAUGCGUCGGAGCUGCUCAACUUCAUCAAACAGGACCGGGACCUGAGCCGUAUCACCCUGGACGCCCAGGAUGUGCUGGCACACCUGGUGCAGAUGGCCUUCAAGUAUCUAGUUCACUGUCUGCAGUCUGAUCUCAACAAUUACAUGCCCGCCUUCCUGGACGACCCCGAGGAACAGAACCCACAACGACCGAAAAUAGAGGAUGUCCUGCACACUCUGACGGGCGCCAUGUCCCUGCUGCGACGUUGCCGUGUCAACGCAGCUCUCACCAUCCAGCUGUUCUCCCAGCUCUUCCACUUCAUCAACAUGUGGCUUUUCAACAAGCUGGUGACGGAGGCGGACUCGGGCCUGUGCUCACACUACUGGGGCGCCAUCCUGCGGCAGCAGCUCAGCCACAUCGAGGCCUGGGCCGAGAAGCAGGGUCUGGAGCUCGCCGCCGACUGCCACCUUAGCCGCAUCGUCCAGGCAACGACCCUGCUCACCAUGGACAAGUACUCCUUGCAGGACGUGCAGAACAUCCACAACACUUGCUUCAAGCUCAACUCCCUGCAGCUCAAUGCUUUACUGAGCAAUUACCACUGUGCCCCCGAUGAGCCCUACAUCCCUCCCGAGCUGAUCGACCACGUGGUGGCCGUGGCGGAGAAUACGGCGGACGAGUUGGCACGUAGCGAUGGCCGUGAGGUGCAACUGGAGGAGGACCCCGACCUGCAGCUGCCCUUCCUGCUGCCUGAGGACGGCUACUCCUGCGACGUUGUCCGCAAUAUCCCCAACGGCCUCCAGGAGUUCCUGGACCCGCUGUGUCAGAGGGGUUUCUGCAGGCUGAUCCCUCACCUCCGCUCUCCUGGCACCUGGACUGUUUACUUUGAGGGUGCAGACUGCGAAAACCACAUUGUGGAUGACCACAAUCUGCCAAUGCGGAAGGACCCAGAGGUGGUGACAGUCACCCUUAAGAAGCACAAUGGCAUGGGGCUCAGCAUCGUGGCUGCCAAGGGUGCUGGACAGGACAAGCUUGGGAUUUACAUCAAGUCUGUUGUCAAAGGAGGAGCAGCGGAUAUGGAUGGUCGGCUGGCAGCAGGAGACCAGUUGCUCAGCGUGGACGGACGCAGCUUGGUAGGACUCUCACAAGAAAGGGCGGCCGAGCUGAUGACACGGACUGGCUCGGUCGUGACACUGGAGGUGGCCAAGCAAGGCGCCAUAUACCACGGCCUGGCAACGCUGCUGAACCAGCCCUCUCCCCUGAUGCCCAGGGCUUCAGACCGCGGCCGUGACAAAGGAAAGAACAGACCAAAGAGCGAGGGCUUCGAGCUUUACAGCAACUCCGUGCAGAACGGCUCCCCCGAAAGCCCGCAGGGGGCGUGGGACUCCUACCCCGAGCCAAAGAAGAUGGGUGGUGAGGAGCGCCUGCUGAAGAACAGGAUGGACCACCGUUCCAGCCCCAACGUGGCGAAUCAGGCUCAGAGUCCGGCUGGGAAGCCCACAUACCCAGGGGGACCCGGGACCAAGAUCACCUCCGUCUCCACCGGCAACCUGUGUGCCGACGAUGAGCCGUCCCCCCCCCAUCCAGAAGCCUACCCCAUCCCCACUCAGACCUACCCCAGAGAGUACUUCACCUUCCCGGCCUCCAAAUCUCAGGAUAGGAUGGGCCCAGCACCAGGACAGUCAUGGCCAAACUCGGACGACAGACCCCCUGGGAACAUGGAGGAGCACCUCCCCAGCCACGCCUUGCAGUGGUCGACGCGCUCGCAGGAGGAGCUGCGUGACGAGCGGGGGGGCUACCCCCCCGACCGGCUGCGGCCUGAUGACCUCAUGCACAUGCAGCAGCAUCGCGACGCCGAUUACGCGAGGGAGCGCGGCAGCGGGGAGCCCUGGAACCACCAGGUGUCCUCCUCUGUGGAGUCCAGCACCUCCAGCCAGGAGCACCUCAACUACUCCUCCUCCUCAAAGAACCAGGCCAACCAUAAAAGCGGUCCAGGCCGCUGGAAGACCCCGAUAGUGCCCCACUCUGGUCCCGUGGGGGUGUCGCACCCGUCUCGCCCAGACCUCCCCCCGCCGCCCCCUCCACCCCCCGUGCACUACACGGCCGAAUUCGACUCCCAGUCAGACCUCCCUCUCCCUCCCCCACCGGUCAGCGGCCCACAGCAGCAGGUGGCGGCCACCACGGCCACCGCGGACCGCAAGAAACGUGAGGAGCAGCAGCGCUGGUAUGAGAAGGAGAAGGCGCGGCUGGAGGAGGAGCGGGAGAGGAGGCGGCGGGAGCAGGAGAGGAAGCUGGGCCAGAUUCGCAACGUGCCGGGGACCCUGCCCCGUAACAGUCAGCAUGGCCCAAUGCCCCCUGCCCCCCAGCACCAGCAGAUGCCCCCCCCUCAGGUGCCCCUGUCCAUACAGAUGCAGCCAGUACCACCGCAGCAGCUGAAUAGACCCGAGAAGCUAGCCAGCCUGCCCCGGCCGCCGCCGCCCCCGCAGGACACGGUGAUCCGCGAGCUUCUGCCCCAGCAGCAGCCGCGCACCAUCGAGCGCCACGACCUCCAGUACAUCACCAUCAGCAAGGAGGAGCUCUCCUCCAGCGACAGCCUCUCGCCGGACCCCUGGAAGCGGGACGCCCGCGAGAAGCUGGAGAAGCAGCAGCAGCUACACAUCGUGGACCUGCUGGACAAGGAGAUCCAGGACCUGCAGUCCAAGCCGGAGCGCACGGCCGAGGAGAGCGAUCGGCUCCGCAAGCUCAUGCUGGAGUGGCAGUUCCAGAAGCGGCUACAGGAGUCAAAGCAGAGCGAGGAGGAUGAGGAAGAGGAGGAUGACGAGGAGGUGGACACCAUGAUGAUCAUGCAGCGCUUGGAGGCCGAGAAGAGAGCCAGGACCGCUGUCCCAGCAAUCUCAGUUCUAGAAUUGCUUCAGGACGAGGAGCGCCGUAGGAAGCAGCAGCUGGAGGAGAUCCGCAAGCGCGAGGCUGAGGAGAGGGCCAAGCAGGAGGAGGAGAGGCGCUGGAGAGAAACCGAGGAGAAGAGGAGGCAGGAGGAGGAAUACUACACACGCCUGGAGGCGGAGCGGCGCCGGCAGCACGAGGAGGCCGAGCGCAAGCUGCUGACGCCGGACGAGCCCGGUCUGUACAGACCUCCCCUCCCCCGGGACUACCAGCCCCCUGCUCCCGCAACCCCUUCCACUAACGCCCCUCCGCCCCCGCCUCAGAGAAACACCUCGUACCUCAAAACCCAGGUCGUCUCCCCCGACACCUUGUACACUGCCAAGUUUGUCUCGUACAAUGAUGAGGAGGAGGAGGAGGAGGAGGAGGAAGACUCAGGCGUAGCAGGUCAGGUUAAGCUCUCCGCCACCCGGAAGUCCUAUGGCGACCUCCCCCCCGCGCCCAAGCCGCAGCCUCCGCCGCCCGCGCGCAAGCCCCGCCCGCUCUCCGAUGGGAUCUUUCUGUCCAGCUCAUUCCAGCUGCCCGCCGCCGCCAAUGCCAACAGUACUGUGUCCAAGGCAGGGCUGCCCCCUCCCCCUCCCGCCAAACCCGGCCUCGUCCCAUCAGGCAUCUCCAAAGGAUUUAAUUCGUACACUGGAAACGCAGCAGGGGUUGUAGGAUCAAAUGAAGUUUACAAGGACCCGCGAGAGAAGUGGGUGAAAGGGUAAGUGUCAAACCUAGGCCUCGUUCUUCACACAGGGGUCUAGAAUCCACAUUUCUGAUGCCAUUGGUAGGGAUGCACCAAUUACCAUUUUCUUCCAGACUGAUGACAGAACGCCAGCAUCGGUACUCGUAAUCUGGUACUCAUUAUUGGGAUAACCGAUAAUUUUGAAAUCCUCAUCCAAGCGGCACCAACCUUUUUGGGAAAGUCUUGGGGGGGGGGGGGGUACUAUAUUCAGGUGAUCAGUUAAACAGCCUGUGAUAAGCCACCUUGGAGGUGGGGAAAAGGCUGACCAUAGCACUGCUGGUCGUGUAGUUUCUGUGGAAAAUGAUGGAUCAGCGGUUUAAUUAUGAUUGUUUAGGACGUGCCUGGACCCCUUCAGCAUCUCAGUGUCGUGAUGCUGAGUCAGACAGGGCUUUAGGCCACCAACUGACCAAGGAAGGGGAAACUAUUACGUCCUGUAAAAAUGCCAUGUGAAAAGGUCAACAAAUGCUCUUUGAUCAUGUAGUAGAUUCCAUGUUAUGUUGUUAUAGAGAAUGGGCAUCCAUAUCUACCGCAUACUGUUAACACACACUAUACUGUAGAGAAUGGGCAUCCAUAUCUACCGCAUACUGUUAA